AAGAGGAAACGGGACGGUCUUGUUUUCAUCGCUCGUCGUACGCAGCAUCUCUGCGGCGACAAUGCGUAUCGAAAAGUGUUACUUCUGCUCGGGGCCAGUGUACCCCGGGCAUGGUGUUAUGUUUGUAAGGAACGACUGCAAGUCGUUCAGAUUCUGCAAAUCAAAAUGCCAGAAGAACUUCAAGAAGAAGCGUAACCCAAGAAAAACCAGAUGGACCAAAGCCUUCAGAAAGGCAACAGGAAAGGAGUUGACAGUGGAUAAUGUCCUGGAGUUCGAGAAACGUAGAAAUAUUCCUGUUAAGUAUAACAGGGAUCUGUGGGACAAAACAGUGGAAGCCAUGAAGAGGGUGGCGGAAAUAAAACAGAAACGACAGGCAAGAUUUAUCAUGAACAGAUUAAAGAAGAACAAACAGUUGGAGAAGGAAGACGACAUCACCGAAGUGAAGAAAAACAUUCACCUUAUCAAAGCACCACAUGCAGGAAAGGCCAAACAAUUGGAAGCCAAAAUGGUGCAGAAAUUACAAGAAGACGUGGACAUGGGGGAUGAAGUUAACUAAUCUUAUACCCAAGGAAAUGUGUUCUUGUGUGAUUCUUGUGAACAAGUUCACCUUGUAUUAUAUUGUACUUCAGUUUUGGAAUUAACAUUUCUAAAUGGCUGAUGAUCGGCACAGUAAUGGUUUAAUUAGAAGCUCGGCCUCCAAAGCAGGAGCAUUUAAACACAUACCUUCCAGCUAUUUUUUUCCAGUGUUAUUUCGAACUUUAAAUAAUUACGUAAUCAUUUUGCAUAGUAAAAUGUAUUUGUAAUACAGUCAAUGUUAAAAGGUAACCAACAACAAAUUAAUAAACUUCUUUUGGGGUAA